AUGCCGUCGAGCUCGGGCGGCAUUGACCCGGUCGUCCUAGCGUUGCGCCAUGGCCUGUCCCGAUGGGCAGACGCCGGACCUGACCCACCCUUAGGAAAUGCACCAGAGGGCCAAGUUCAGGUGGGUGCUCCAUUUGCGUCCACCAGUCUGCAGAAUCUGAACUCAUACCUUGCCUCCAAUGGCAGUGACAUGGGAGAGCCCUCCUCCUCCACACUGUGCAUCGAGCACAACAGACGCGGCCGGCGAGUGUACAAGGCAUCCUUGCUGGAGAAUGCCACGUCCUUCAGCACCAUCGAGUUCAAGGCACGCCCGGGGCUCCUGGGCACCAGUCGCCCCUCCGCAGCGUCAGCGGCCCCCAAGCACAGCUCCACCCAUGCGCCCCUCGUCUUUCCCAGCGAGUCCCGGCGCCGGCGCGCAAAGGACAUCCUUGCAAACUACCUGCUGCCGCAGGGCUUUCCCGACUCGGUGGACCCGCAGUACGCAAAAUACAUGAGCUGGCGGGCCGUGCAGUACUUCUUCGGCGGCGCCCUGAGCGUCUACACCACCCGCUCCCUGCUGGGGUCGCUCGGGGUGGCCAACCGCGGCUCGGGCGAGGCGGCCGCCGCCAUCAACUGGGUGGUGAAGGACGGCGCGGGCCGGUUCGGGCGCUUCCUCUUUGCCCGCUGGGGCCGAUCGCUGGACGGGGAGCUGAAGCAGUUCAGGCUGCUGGGCGACGUGCUGAUGGAGGCGGGCGCUGCCCUGGAGCUGGCCACCGCGCUGGCACCCCGCGCCUUCCUCCCGCUGGCCUGCACCGCCAACCUGGCCAAGAACCUGGCUGCCGUCACUGCCUCCUCCACCCGCGCCCCCAUCUACCGCACCUUUGCGCGCGUGAACAACCUGGCCGACGUCACGGCCAAAGGAGAGAGCGUGGCCAACCUGGCCGACAUCGUGGGCACCGCCUUUGGCAUAGCGCUGGCCCGCGCGGCCUGCCCCAUCCUCCCCGCUUUCCUCGCGCUGUCGGCGGGGUACCUGUACGCCUCGCGCCGUGAGGUCGACUCGGUGGUGCUGCCCUACCUCAACCGCGCGCGCCUGGCCUACAGCAUGCAGCACUUUGCGGCCACGGGCCUGGCGCCCACGCCCGCGGAUGCCAACGCGAACGAGGCCUGCGCGGGCCAGGCCGAGCUGCGCGCCGCGCUGGGCACGCUGCGCUCGCAACGCCACGCGCUGACCUGGCGCCCCGACCACGGCACGGCCUACGUUCUGCUCCGCGACGACGCGGCGCCGCAGGACGCGCUGCGCGGCGCGGUGGAGGGCCACCUCCUCGCGGCCGGCUGGGACCUGCACCACAGCACGCUCAACUCCCUCGACAACAGGGUGCAGAUGACGACGCAUGUGCGCCCACUCUGA